AACGUUACGUACGAUGUCCUGUUUACAAACAGAGGAAGAAAGACGGUAACAUUAGCUUGAAGUUGUGUCGUAUUAUUAAAGGAAUAAAUAAGUUAUUUGACUAUCUUGCGUCGUCACCUGGAUUAUGUUUUAACGCGGCGUGAUACUGGGUAAUAUUUCUGAGUUUGGUGCCCUUUUACUAUUUGAAAUUAAGACACUUCCGUUUGUCUAAAUGCUAAUGCUAACCUAGGCUAAAGCUUCGUUAGCUCACAACCUCAACCGUAGCCUACUAACUUUUUUGUUAAGGCUGGCGUUACAAAAGCUGGUUGCCGGCCAGUGAGGUAUAUUGACGCACUGUAAAUUUGGCAAAAUAUAAUCUGUGAAAAUCGUUUUGUAGUAUGAACCAGACUGAAAACCGCUUGCACUUGUAGCAACUGUUAAUUAGGAUGCUAGCUUACCACAUAGUUGAAUAGAUUCAUUAUUAAACACAUAAGUAAUAGAAGAACGCCAUUGACUUUUAGCGUUAGCUUGCCGGUGUGCUGCCAUAGCAAGAGCAUAUAGAUUUCCUUGUUUAAAAUAGGAGUGUGUUUUUCAGAUUGACUUCUUUGAAAUGAGAGUGAACUGAUUAAACCUGCAGUCACUCCUCAUGGCUGCUUUAGGCUUUACUCCUGCCAGCGGGCAGGAUCUUUUUAGCAUUGAAACACCCCAUCAAUCCAGCUCUAUAACAAGCAGUGGAGUUACUGGGGAAGAGGUUAGACACUUCUACGAGAAUUUAACGAAAGAUGAUAAAGGGCAAGAUGUAUCAAGAAGUCCAAUUUGCAAGAAGGAUUGUGGCAAAGAGCAUCAGAGUAAGCAGAGGAGCAGAGAGUCCAGUAGAAGGCGGAGGAGGAGAGCCAGGGCUGCAGAGAUGCAGCAGGGUCAGACUGAGUCUGUAGUGCAAAGAGGGAACAGUGGUGGAAGUGAUGGCAACCCAAGAGGAGAGACAAGCAACUCAGAAAGGUCCAUGAUGCUACUGGGGCUCAGGUUUCUGCGCUGUGCCCAUGAGGGGGACGUCUCGAGCCUCAGAGACCUGCUCUCAAAAGGAGUUGACAUCAAUUUCCAGGAUACCUACUUUUGGACAGCAAUGAUGUGUGCAAGCUGGUCAGGACAAAGAGCUGCAGUGAGGCUGCUGCUACAACAUGGAGCAGCCUGGGUUGGAGUGGUUGAUACACAGGGCAGGGAUGCCAAAGAACUGGCGCUGGAAUCGGGCCACAAUGAGGUUUUAGAAGAGUUGGAGAGCUAUGAGAGAACUACAGAGAGAGAGACACCGUCAUCUGAAAGCAGUGCCCCACAGGCUCAGUGGUGUGACGUGUGUGGUAGCAAGUACAGCAGCAGCCUGUCAUCACAUCUGUCCUCCACUCUACAUCAGUUCAGUCUGCGACAUGCUCCACCCACCCCGUACUACUGCCUGCCCCCCUCCAGCAACAGCUACAAGAUGAUGGUGCGCUGCGGCUGGAAACCCGGGACAGGACUGGGGCCAGAGGGAGAGGGGCCUAAACAGCCAGUGCCAACUGUGCUGAAGAGAGACCAGAAAGGCCUGGGGUACGGACAGAUGAAAAGAGCCAAAGUAACUCACUUCCAGGCCAGGGAUUGUGACGCAGUGAAACUACCAUCCAAGGAGAAAGAGGAGAGAGUAGGAAAAGGACAGAGGAAGGAAGAAAGUAGGAGAAAGGAGCAAAAAGAUAAGAACUGGGAAAGAGACUUUCGUGCCUCUUUUUAUCUUUGACAUCCGCUCACAGUGACUCCCCCACAAGCCCUCUCUCCCAAACACACCUUAAAGUACCUCUAAAAGGCUCUAUUGUGAAGACAAGUUGUACCUGUUUUUCUUUUUUAGUUAAAAGUGUGGAGGUGUUUGUAAAACUCCUGGGAGGUGUUUUCCCACAGAGUACUCUGCCUCAAAGCUGAUACUGUGUCCAUUUGUGGAAUCAGUUGUGCCGCUGCUCACAGGUUAUGCAAUGACCAAAUGUGGCAUUGACUGAUUUCAUAUGUAUCAUGUUUACUCUGUGUGGCCAAAUAUGGCGUGUUGAGCUCCUAACUGUUUCAAAAGAUGUAUAAUUUGGUAAAUGGACAGGGCUUAUUUGUCAAACAAAACAUCACGCUAUGCUCCAUGAUCCAGGCAGAGGAAUCAUUUUUAAUGACAAAGAACUAUGUUGAUGUGUUUAAUAUAUCAUACAAUGUAAACCA